AUGAUUUCUAUUGCUUCAUUGGCUAAUACUGCACAGCAUCACUUGAUUUUCGAAUACAUAGAAAAGUUGAAGAACGAACGCGAUGGUUGGAAGAACUGCAUCGAAAAAAUCAUUAGUGGCUGUGAUCCGGAGGAGCAUUUUAUGCUUCUGCAGGUGAUUGAAACAUAUUUGACAGUACGCUAUGCGGAUAACGAUCAGGAUCAGGAUAUUAUUCGAAGAUGGAUGUAUGGAUGGUUGCGUCGCCUAAGUUCACCUGAAAAUCUGCCGUCAUAUUUGGUGAACAAAAUGGCUCAGCUCUUUGCAUUGGUUUUUGCCACCGAUUUUCCUAAACGUUGGCCGAAUUUCAUGGAAGAGGCAAGUUUCCUUUAUAUCUGUGCAGUAUUUUUCCAACAGAUGGUAUCAUCACCUGAAAUAACGGUCUUUUUCCUGCGUACUUUAAUUGCUAUCGACUGUGAGGUAGUUGAUCGAGAGAUCCGGCGCACCAAGCAGGAGACUGAAAGAAAUAUGCGGAUAAAGGAUGCUAUGCGUGAUAACUGCAACUAUAGUCUAGCACUAAUAUGGACUCAGAUACUAGCUGAAAACAAUGAUUUGAAGACUCGAGAACUUUGCUUGGAUGUUAUUGCUUGUUACAUCGAUUGGAUUGAUUUGGAACUUGUUGUCAACAACACUACCAUCCCAUUUAUUAUUAAUUGUUUGAAAAAUGAACACACUUGUGAAUCAGCAAUAUCAGCGAUCAAUGCAAUGGUCACGAAAGGUAUGGAUGCUGAAAAGAAGCUUGUACUGACUGCAUCGCUUUGCACUAUUUUGCGUGAGAACGGGUCAUUUGAUUUGAGAGAAAAUGAUGCUGAUGACGUUUUGAGAACUGGAGCUCUCAUAAGUUCAUUAGGAUGCGCUUUAAUCGAUUGCCAUACAUGCUUUUCAAAAACUGGUGAUGUAGAAAAAUCUAUGCAGUGUGAAGUGCUUCUUCAAGAACAAGCUGAUAUCGCUUUGUUAUGUUUUUCUAAUGAGGAUAUAGAUGCGUCUGAAACUGUUGUCGAGUUUUUACGGCGUUAUGUUUGUAUUCUUAAAACUCAGGAAUUUGAGAAGCGUCACGACUUCACUAGUCGAAUGAUUUGCAUAGCCAUAGAUAGGUACAAAGCAGCAAGUGAUGUUGAUUUAAGUAAUACGGAUGGUGAGGUUGUUGCUGAAUUCAUGGCGUAUAGAAGGCAACUUCGAAAUAUGCUUUCAGCAGUUGGGAAUUUUGAACCGGAACCGAUAUUGAUGAAACUGGAGCCAUCAGUGCAAAAUGUAUGUGAAAACUGGAAGCAGUGCCAAAUGAAUGUUGUUGAAGCUACGUUAGCACUAGUGUAUGAUCUUGCCGACUUCAUACACACAAAUUUCGGAAGUAAUAGUGGUUUAAUUUCUGAGCGUGCAAAAAUAUUGGCAAUACAGAUUCUACAAAGUACAAUAAAUCAUUGUGGAUUACCUUGUAUCAAUACAUUAUUCUUCGAAAUUGCUUGCCGUUAUGAAAGGAUCUUACAAAAUAGUACUGGUCUACUGCCGUUAAUACUGGAAGCAUUCUUGGAUACACGUGGUAUUCGUCAGGCUUCAUUACGAUCAAGAAGUCGCAUUAUCUACUUAUUUUGUCGCUUUGUAAAAGCACAUAAGCUUUUCGUGGGUAGCCAAGCUGAAAAUAUUCUCGCACAGUUAGAGUCAUUUUUCACCGUAACAUCCGAAGAAGAUUACCAACUCUCGAAAGAGGACCAGAUGUAUCUCUAUGAAUCUACAUCAGUGCUAAUUAUUCACAGUAAUCUACCCGUUGAAAGGAAACAAGAAUGCAUGAAAAUUCUCGGUUUAUCAUUGCUUCAAAAAUUCUCACGUAUAACGGAAAGGCUAUCACGAACAAAGAAUGUGGAUGAAGUACAGCAGCUUCAUCAGCGAUUUGCUGAUGUUAUUGGUUACAGCGCUCGUGUUACUAAAGCAUUUUCAAACAACUACACCAUGCAGUACUGUCAGUGUACUAUCAUUUUCAUUGAAUUGAUGGAAGUUUUUCUGGAUAAAGUAACUCCAAAUAAUGUCGAAGGAUUGGAUGCACUGAGGCAGUAUCUUCAUCGGAUGAUCACUUGUCUUGAUGGUGAAAUACUAGCUAUGUUACCAGCUAUUUGCAACAAGUAUCUUGAUGUCGAUUUAGAUCUUAAAAUGAUGCAUGACUUUCUUAUUUUACUGCAGCAAAUUUUCAGCAAAUUUAAGAAACGUCUUUUGGAAAUUGGCUUGAAUAUCCCAGCUCUGUUUGAUAUUUUAUGGGCUGCACAAAGAACUUCAGUUGAUACAUGCAAUGAGAGCCAUGUUAAGGACAUGGUUUAUUACAACCGGGCCUUUCUGCAAACAAUAUUGAGCAUCUUGACACAUGACCUAACUGUUAUGUUGACAGACUGUGGCGUCGAAUUUCUCAACAAAAUAGCCGACUCACUAAUUUCCUUCAUGAGCUUAAAUGAUGUGCCAACACAGCGGAUGACAUUCCAAAUCAUUAGUAAACUAUUUCUAAAAUUGUCGAACGAUGGAUCAGUUGCCUGUAUCGAGUUUUUAUGGGAGAAGGCGGUUUGUGGUGCGCUUCAGACUCCUCUUAACGGAAAUCAUGACCUUACAGACGCUCAGUGUAUUUUGCUCCAGCACGAAAUCUAUGUAUGUUUACAAACUCUACGGUCUUGUUCUUUGGAAAGGUUCGACCAGUGUUUACAAUUGUCCCUUCCUGCACACUUUGCCCGAAAUUUUUGUCAGUGUAUGUCUAGUUAUAAGGGUAAACAACUAGAAAAGGCGUUGGAUACGCAGUAUGCUCAGCUAAGGCGAAUGAAAGCGGAUACUAUUGCACAGUGA